ACGCCACGCGCUCCUCGAUCCACCUCUCGCAGUGUCAAACAUCACAUGCGUGUAUAUAAGACACGCACCCCCUCCUUCAAUUCAUCCAAUCUCGACCGGCCGGUGAAACUUAGUAACGACCUGUGAUAGAUCUCGUUGCACCGGCGAUCGAUCGGCGACGUACGGCGCGCGGCGGGCGGUAGCACACAGCAAAGAAAGAAGCCAUGAGGCAGGCGAGGCCGUACUCGGGGAUCUUCUGCGGCGGGGUGUCGGCGCGGACGGGGCCGCACGCGCUGCCGCUGGCGCGCAUCAAGAAGAUCAUGAAGCGCUCCGCGGGGGAGACCGCGGACGGCGGCGCCAGGAUGAUCUCCGGCGAGGCGCCCGUGGUGUUCUCCAAGGCGUGCGAGCUCUUCGUCGCCGAGCUCACGCGCCGCGCCUGGGCCGCCACGCUCGACGGCAAGCGCCGCACCGUGCACAGGGAGGACGUCGCCACGGCCGUGCACAACACCGACCUCUUCGACUUCCUCGUCGACGUCGUCACGGCGGACACUGCCGGCGGCGACGACGACGUGCACGAUGACGACAACGUCGGCGACGGCGCCCUGGGGUAAUAACCAAGCUAGCUCUGGAGACGAAUUUUCCAGUACUGCGUGCUCCGGCCGGCUUGUGGUUGUGGCUAAGAAAACCACACCUAUAUAUGCCGUAUGUCUAUUUGUGCUGCGAAAGAGGGACGACGAUGCUCGAUCUGAUUCUGAUGCAGUGACUUGUUGUAACUUCUUUCAUGCAAAUCCUAUGCAUGCAGUGGCAUGUUGUUGUUACUAGGUAGUACUGUACUAUUGAAUGAAUGAAACUGGGCAUUUGCUACUGGA